UGAACACGCCACCUGUCCGGUAGAUGGUAUGAAUAUGUACGCUGCUAUCAGAACCAUGGUGGAGAAUGCCAGAGCUGAAAGACAGAGACAGUCUGCUAACAGACCACAGGAAAGCGCUGAAGGUACUGGUAGUACCUUGCAACUAGAGAUUCCUGGUAUUGGGUUUGCAGGCAGAAGAGCUGGUGGGUUGCCCAACGCUCGGAACACAAGAGUAAAUAGCAGUGAGGCCAGUGGGGAUAGUGAACAUGAAGGCUUAGAAUCCACAUUUACAUUAACUGGUUCUGGUUUAGGUUCUAGACAAUCAACACCACAAAGGACACAAGAACUACUGCGAAGCACUAGCAGCUCGUCGGGUGUGAGCAUGAGAAGAAGGGGUAGCACCCCACCGAGGAGGAGAAACAGCACUCCAACAAGACUAACUGAUAGAGACAGAAUUGGCAAUUUAAAUCCUCCACGAAGAGAAGAAACCCAAUCUAGUGGAAGGAGACUGGAUGAGCGGAUACCUGUUGCUCCGUCUAUACCAAUGCUGCAUAUAUCAGAGUUGUCGCCUUUAGUUGAUGGCGUCAUCAGGGAGAGAUUCUCUGAAAGACUGAUAGCAAACAGGACAAUUUGUAGAGGAAGACCACAACCAUCAAGUAUACAACCCGCACCAGAUAGCAGGCCCUCAAUCCCAAUGCAGAGAGAAGAAUUGAUAUCACCUUUGCAAGGCAGGCAGCAAACACAGUCUGUUUCAGGUCUACAAACCAGACCUCCUCUUCCAAGUGGUACUCUUGACAGAGAAGCUGUCAGAGAAAGGGGCAGAGCCAGAAAUAGACAAGCAGCAGAAAUAAGGCGGAGAAGUUCUAGUGGUACAAGAGCAAGGUCCCUUGAAAGACCAAGUUCAGCUGCAAGACUUGAGGCCCUAGAGAGUCUAUUCCUUGGUGCUGGGCAUGCAGGGCUGGUACAGGAACAAAAUACAAGCACCACAAGAUCUAGAAAAAUAAGAAAACCAACAGUGAUGAACAGAUUAGCCACAGCAAAUGGAAUGGGCAAUAGUGAUAUACUGUCUGCUAAUGGACUAAGUGCACUUUCCAUACAUGGACAUCAAAGUUAAUUAUACAUCCUGGAUAUAUAUUUCAAGAAUGACAGCUUGAAUUCAGA